UCAGAAACCAGAAUCCAUUUUUACUUUCUGAUCAGUCAGAUGUUUCUCAUUCUAGCAGUUACUGCUUCGGCAGUUGUAAAUGUCGGCAAGCUGAAUAUAUGGCCGAUGCCUUUAUCUGUAAGCAAUGGUGAUGGGGUUCUUUAUAUGAGCAAAGAUUUUGAGCUGAGAAGUGAAGGAAGUAAAUAUGAAGAUGUUUCUGGUAUUCUCAAGAAUGGGUUCUUGAGAUUACUUGAUGUUAUUAAAGCUGGACAUGAAAUUGAUGAAUCUGGUGAUCAUGGGUUUCCUUAUUUGCCUAUAAUUCAGGGGAUUCAGGUGGUUAUUGUCUCUACUAGUGAUGAGUUAUAUUAUGGAAUUGAUGAAUCAUACAAGUUAGCAGUUCCUGCAGAAGGGAAUCCAGUUUAUGCUCGUAUUGAGGCGAACUCAGUUUAUGGGGCUCUACAUGGUUUUCAGACAUUCAGCCAAGUUUGUUACUUUAACUUCACAAGUAGAGGGUUAGAAGUGCAUCAGGUCCCAUGGGAUAUUACUGACAAGCCAAGGUUCUCUUACAGAGGGCUCUUAAUAGAUACGUCUCGACAUUACCAACCAAUGCCUAUGAUAAAGAAAGUUAUUGAUUCUAUGGCUUAUGCGAAGCUGAAUGUGUUACAUUGGCAUAUUGUAGAUGCACAAUCUUUUCCCCUCGAGAUACCAUCAUAUCCAAAUUUAUGGAAAGGGGCUUAUUCGGAUUCAGAAAGAUACACCAUAGUGGACGCCACUGAAAUUGUAAGUUAUGCCCAAACAAGAGGGAUUCACGUGUUAGCCGAAAUUGAUGUUCCAGGACAUGCUCUCUCCUGGGGAAAUGGUUACCCUCAGUUAUGGCCAUCCAAGGAAUGCCAACAGCCACUUGAUGUUAGCAAUGACUUCACAUUCAAAGUAAUUGAUGGGAUUCUUUCAGAUUUCAGCAAGGCCUUCAAGUUUAAAUUCGUUCACUUGGGAGGUGACGAAGUAGAUACUAGUUGCUGGACACAAACUCCACAUGUAAGGAACUGGCUGAAGAAACACAGAAUGAAUGAAUCUAAAGCUUAUGAAUACUUUGUUUUGAGGGCGCAAAAGAUAGCUUUAUCUCAUGGAUAUGAGAUUAUCAACUGGGAAGAGACAUUCAUCAAUUUUGGCAGCAAGUUGAGCCGAAAAACUGUUGUUCACAACUGGCUUGGGAUUGGUGUAGCUCUAAAAGCUGUUGCAGCUGGACUGAGAUGUAUUGUGAGCAAUCAAGACAAAUGGUAUUUAGACCAUUUGGAUGCUACUUGGGAAGGCUUCUAUAUGAAUGAACCAUUAACUAACAUCACGAAUCCCAACCAUCAGCAGCUAGUUCUUGGAGGUGAAGUUUGCAUGUGGGGUGAAACCAUAGAUGGAUCAAAUAUAGAACAUACUAUAUGGCCACGGGCAGCUGCUGCAGCAGAGAGGCUUUGGACAACAUAUGAGAAACUAGCAAAAGAUCCAAUGGAGGUUAUGGAAAGAUUGUCACACUUCAGGUGCUUGCUGAAUCAAAGAGGAGUAGCUGCUGCACCACUCAAUGGAUCCGAUAGAUUCAUGGUCGGUCCAAGGGUAAGCCCAACAGGUCCUAGGGUAAGCCCAACAGGUCCUAGAGUAACCCCAUCAAGUCCAGCCCCAAUCCCUUGGGCAGUCUCAUCCCCCUCCCAAAAAAAUACAAGAUCUAUUAUAUAUUUAUUUUAUUUUAUUGGACAUUUGUUAUUGUGAUAUGAUUCUUACUUUGCAAUAAGUUAUGACUUCCAAUAUUGAAAUAACCAUAAUUCUCAAGAGCCUAUUUAGAGUUGCUCCUUAUGAGUGAGGCUCUUGCUUUCUUCAAUAAAGUGCAGCCUCUUCUUUGAUUUCUUAUUUUCAUGUUGAUAAUACAUCCCAUUUGUUAUUUUCAUUAUUGUUUCUCAUUUCUCAGUUAAUAAAAACCAUGAAGAAGAAAUGCAUUGAGUUUUAUUUCUUUGGGUUAUAACC